GUGACCCGGGGACGGGUGCUGGUGUUCCCGAGUGGCGGGCAGUGUCCUCCCAAGAGGGUGGCACUGACUGGGUCACUGAUGCCCUCAGCGCGUUUCAUGGAGUAUGUUACAUCGGAGUGCCACUUCUCCAACGGGACGGAGCGGGUGCGCUUCCUGAAGAGAUACGUCUACAACCAGGAGGAGAACUUGCGCUUCGAUAGCGACGUGGGCGAGUUCCGCGCGGUGACCGAGCUGGGGCGGCCAGACGCCGAGUCCUGGAACAGCCAGAAGGAGACCCUGGAGCAGAAGCGCGCCGAGGUGGACACC